GAGACCAUGCCCAAACGAAACACCAAACGUACACGAAACUUUCUGAAAAACAGCUCCUUCACACACUCGAAUGCAACGGUAUCCUAAUCUUGUUAACCCUCUGCUGUUUAUGGAAUGAGGGGAGUCCCUGCUUAAGUUUAGCAUCACCCAAUCAUACAUCAAAUGGCAUUCCAACUGGGACUCCGGCCUCCACUGGGUAAACAUUUCAAGAAUUUCAAUUCCUCAUUUUUUUCAAGUAAACCCAUUGGAAUUCGUAAGCUUCUCGCCGUUCGCCUCUGUGCUCUGGCCCCAAAAGAUGCCCAAAAGUUAGUGGUGGAAGUUAAAGAGAAGCUUGAAAAAGAAUGUAGCAGUCUUCCAGCUGGAAAAAAUGGAAAAGAUGAUGAAGAGCUGAUUCUUUGGUUUUUGAAGGACAGAAGGUUUUCUGUUGAAGAGGCAGUGCCCAAAUUGACAAAAGCCAUAAGAUGGUAUCAUGAAUUUGGCGUAUCAGAACUUUCAGAAGAAUCAGUAAGAUCAGCAGCUGAAAGUGGGAAAGCCUAUGUGCAUGACUAUCUUGAUGUCAACAGCAGACCGGUGCAAAUAGUAGAAGCAUCCAAGCAUUUCCCUGGGAAGCACGAUUUCCGUGAAGAUGAAAAAUUAUGUGUUUUCCUAGUUGAGAAGGCACUUAGUAAGCUUCCAGCUGGGAAGGAACAGAUACUUGUAAUAAUUGAUCUUCGAGGUUUUGGUACAGAAAAUGCAGAUCUCAGGUUUCUUACAUUUUUGUUUGAUGUAUUCUACUACUACUAUCCAAGGAGGCUAAGCGAAGUCCUCUUCAUUGAUGCUCCUUUCAUAUUUCAGCCGAUUUGGCAGCUGGCCAAGCCCAUGUUGAAAUCAUAUGCUUCUUUGGUGAGAUUUUGCUCAGCAGAGGUGGCCAGAGAUGAGUACUUUACCGAUGAAACAGUUCCAGCCAACUUAAGGAAACGAUGAGCAUUUUGCAGACCAGGGGCUGAGAUCUUCUAAAUAUGGUGAAGAUGGUUGAAAGCUCUUCGUCUUAGAGGUCUAUGUGACAGAGUAAUAGUGGUAGCAUUCAUUACGUGCCAUAGAAGAAUGAUCUGAGUCAAUCAUUUUCAGUGAUAGCAUGUAUUUAAGUUACAGAAUGUUGCAAGGACGGUACUACGGUUCGUGAACCGUGUUAUUUUAUAAUAAGAAGUUGUAAUUCAUCGCAAACAAUUUGUACAAUUUUGUACUGAGGCGUAAUACUUAAUUACCUUUGAUGUGAGUCCUUUA